ACCAGGGAAGUAUUCUCAGAAUAGCCGCUAGCCCGCGCUGGGUGUCCACUGGCGAGUGCCACGGACUAUAAAGCGCAACGCAUAUGCCGGGGGCGCUAAUAAUAACGCCACACGCCGCGGGACAGACCUGAUUAUACCGUGUAGCGUAGUGCGAGCCGCAAGACGGUGUGCCCAUCCUGGUGGCUAGAAUGUCUGGUUCGGACAGCGAUGCUAUACGCGCAGAGAGCGAUUGGUUGUUAGCAAGCAGCUGGAGGCGGCAGGGCGUGUUCGCCAGUAGGACCGGCAGGGUAAAAAGAGGAGUGCAGGGCAGACGAAGGAUCCAGCAAUGGUGUCCUCGGCGGCGCGGGCGUAAUGCAGGUCUUCGAGUCCGAACUGGCGUCGAACCCGUCAUUGAGCCGGGCAGGCUGGGCAGUCGACGUUGGAGACCCCUGGCCUGUGCAUCGGGAGUCAGUCCCCGCCGGCUAGAGGCGAGCAGCAGGAGCUGA